CUGUUCAUUUAAUACGUACGUAGUCAACACCGAGCCGCCCGUUGUCUGCUGUCCAUGUUGUUCGCCGGGUGGAGUUUGGCUACAGUCCGCAAGACAAAGACAAAGACAAGUGAUUGACCAGCUUACUGUACCGGACGUAACGUGACUGAAGGUCUGUGUUGACACCGAGCCGCUGGAUCUUCGCCAGACAAAAGAACCACCUGCUGUGCCUGCUUGUUUCAUUGUUUACAUCUCUGUCGCCAGCGGGAGGCUUUUGCUCAAAUAAGCAAAGGACAUCUGCAGCCGAGGUCUUUAUGACGUCGCAACCGCUUUUAAAAGACUCGACAAAAACCUGGAGUUAAUUUUUUCAACUGAGUUUCUCAAACCGAUUGAGGGUAAACAUGAUGAAAUUCAUUGAUAUUGCCCGAGAGAGCCUCGCCAAGACGGCCACUUGUACUUUAUAUAUCCGUUCUCUGUUCAGUGUGAGGAGAAGCUCCGUCCCCUAAAAGUUAUCUUGAUGAAGGCCUUUUUCUGACAGAAGAUCGGGGCCACUUGAGGCCGGGAGGCGGAGUGCUGUGCCUCUCUGCCCUCUUAAAUUCAACCCUUUUUGACAGAUUUCCUCGCCUUCCUGACUUUCAAGAUGGAGCUCUUCUUCAACCCUUUUGACAACUUGGUGUGCAUCCUGCUCGGCAUCUCCCUCACCGUGUGGUUCACCCUGCUGCUGGUCUUCAUUAUCGUGCCUGCCAUCUUUGGUGUGUCCUUCGGCAUCCGACGUCUUUACAUGAAAACCUUACUGAAGCUCUUUGAGUGGGCCACACUCAGGAUAGAGAGAGGAGCGAAAGAAAAUAAUCACCACCUGUACAAACCCUACUCAAAUGCUAUCAUCGCCAGGGAGCCCACCUCCUUGGAGGAGGAGAUCAAGGAGAUCAGGCGGAGCGGCAGCAACAGAGACCUGGACUCAGCCCCCGAGUUCGAGAUGUCUGACAUCUUCUAUUUUGCCCGGCGAGGAGUGGAGAGCAUCAUGGACGAUGAGGUGACCAAGCGGUUCUCUGCCGAGGAGUUGGAGUCCUGGAAUCUGCUGACUCGCAGCAACAACAACUUCCACUACAUCAGCCUGAGGCUGACCGUCCUCUGGGGGCUCGGCCUGCUGAUCCGCUACGGCUUCCUGCUGCCUCUCAGGGUAACUCUGGCCUUCACCGGUGUCGGCCUCCUCGUUUUCCUCACCUGUCUUAUCGGGCUGCUGCCAAGCGGAAGGUUAAAAAACCUUCUGAGUGAGAAAGUCCAUCUGAUGUGCUACAGAAUAUGUGUCCGAGCUCUGACGGCCAUUAUCACCUACCAUAACAGUGAAAAUAAACCCAAGAACGGGGGUAUCUGUGUCGCCAACCACACCUCACCCAUCGAUGUUAUCAUCCUGGCCAGCGACGGCUGCUAUGCGAUGGUUGGCCAAAUUCACGGUGGCUUGAUGGGGGUCAUUCAGAGAUCCAUGGUCAAGGCCUGCCCGCACAUUUGGUUUGAACGCUCAGAAGUCAAAGACAGACAUCUAGUGGCCAAAAGAUUAAGUGACCAUGUAGAAGAUAAAACUAAACUGCCCAUUCUCAUUUUCCCAGAAGGUACCUGCAUUAACAACACGUCCGUCAUGAUGUUUAAGAAAGGCAGUUUUGACAUUGGUGCCACAGUCUACCCUGUGGCCAUAAAGUAUGACCCGCGAUUUGGAGACGCCUUCUGGAACAGCAGCAAGUUUGGGAUGGUCAACUACCUGUUACGUAUGAUGAGCAGCUGGGCCAUCGUCUGCAGCGUGUGGUACCUCCCCCCCAUGUCCAGAGAGGCGGAUGAAGAUGCCGUACAGUUUGCCAAUCGUGUAAAGGCAGCGAUAGCCAGGCAAGGCGGACUGGUCGACCUCCUGUGGGACGGAGGAUUGAAGCGAGGAAAAGUAAAAGACACCUUUAAAGAGGAGCAGCAGAAGCUGUACAGUAAAAUGCUGGUGGGCACCCCAGAGGACCGCAGUCGCUCCUGAAGGCCCCGCGUGGGGGCGGACUGGCUCAGUGACCCACCCGGGCACCUCUGACUCUUAACAGACAGUCGGCCUGUCUCUCUACUGGAGCUCCUGGACUUGGAAAAGUCCCUCUCUGGUGUCAGCAGCACUCCAUUUGGCUCCCUCGGUCACUGCCUCAGCCAGGCAUGUUCAGUUAGCGUCACUGUGGCGGGUCGUUCUGAGCCUGCUGCCCUUUGUGGGAAUAGCUCGACUGAAGCUCUGCUCGCAUACGAAUGAAAAUAAGGUGCACACAGAAAAAGAGCCUCGUCUUCCUUGUUGGCAGUCUCGUGAGGGGAAAACUUGUAUUGUUAUAUAUCAUUGAGUUACUGUCUUUUGUUUGGUAGUUUCAACUUCUAAAUUGUCAUUUUAGUGUCAUGUUUGUAUCCCACUUUGUUAAAGUUACAGAGCUGGUUAUACUUGGGGUGUAGAAGAGCGAUAUUGUAGAUAAGAACUAGUUUGUUUUAAAGCUAAAAACCUGUGACUGAGUUGGGGUUCUGCAUGACUGGUGUGUGUGUCCUUGAUUUAGGACACAAAAUGUCAGAUUUUUGUUACCUUUUGAGAUAUUUUUAUGGGCUUUUUCCAAGAGAAAAAAAAAAAUGUUUAACGUAUUUCAAACUUUGUGUUUUACAUUAAGACUUGUAUCGACACACUUGGUCACUGUAGGAGUUUCAUUGCAGAUGAGCUCUUGGUGUGUUGUCUGUUUCUGUAUUUCCGUUGAAUGUGUAAAUCCUCACAUUAUGAAAUAGAAAUUGGGCAUCCACAGUUACUCUGAUGGAGCUUUAUGGAUUGAUGUUCCAGCUAAUAAUGCAACAAAACUGGAGUAAAAGGGUUUAUAGUCCAUUCAUUGGGAUUGUGUUUGUGGUGCUUUAACAGGGUACCCGCGGGGUCUUAAAAGCAUUAAGAAAGUCUUAAAAUUGAUAAUCUCAAAUUAAAUUAAGGCUUUAAAAGCCUUUAAUUUGGUAUACAAAGUCUUGGGUUUUGUUACAAAGGUCUUAUAUUGUUUUUCCUUUCCUAGGAUUAAGUUCAUACCGUGACAAAAUUAACUGUUACUAAUGUAAGCUAAUUAAAAAGUGACCGGAGCCCGUCGCUGGACGCACCGGAGGACCGAGACACGAAGUAAACACGCCACUCUGACUAGUACCGGGGGGGUUAGAGGUUAAACUGAGCGGAGGAUGUGCGCAAUGUGUCGCUGUGUGUCGGAGCCUGGCUGAUAAUUUAAAUAAAAUGUUUAGCCUACUUGUAUAUCAUUAUUUUCUAGGGUUUAAAAUGUAUACAGAUUUCUGUGGGAAUGGGUACAAAGUUGGCAUUGAAUUUCAUUUGAAAUGGUAUUAAAAAAGGUCUUAAAAAGCCUUAGAUUUAAAUUGGAGGAUCCUGGAGGUACCCUGUUUAAGCAUUGUCCCUUUAAAGGCCCGUGGCACACCGGUAGGGACAUCGGAUAAAGACAAUUGGUGUCCUGAAUCCCUAUUCGCACGGGACGGACCUCUAGUAAAUUGUAAUCAUUUGUGGAGGUUGUCUGUAAUCCUAAUCCCGUGUGAAUCUGCCAUGUCUGUAAUUUGUCAAGUAAAAACAAAUUCCACCGCCAAUAACCGACCACAUUUCUCCAAACGCAGAGGUCGUGUGAUGAUCUUUAGUCCAGUCUCUGUGAUUCGGAGUUGUAUUGGCUGCGUUGGCAAUUAUAAAUGAAAGUUUUGACUCAGCCUUGACAUCGUAUCCGAGGGAUAAUGUCAGUACAUUUGAGUAAAAUGCAGACUUUGCUUAUCCCGUGUGAAAAGGGGCUUUUAACGUAGUUAUAACGACAAUUAGCUUAUACAUAUUCUUACUAAUAUACUUCCUAACAGGCAUCAUGUUCUACAUUGGCUUCCUGCUAUUGCAGUGACCAUCUUUCCUAAUUUAUUUGAAUUUAACUCUAAAAGCUAUUGUCCAUCAUCAGUGAUCUUUCUUGUACUUGACAGCCUCUUCAUGCAGAGGCAGUUGUAGUUUUCUGGAGAUGAGGAACACAGAUGUGGGAAGUUUCUCCCCGAGGCCCUCGUCCCUCCAGUUUACGGUUAAUCAGGGACAUUCGUCAUUUAGAUCGUGUCCAAAUCUGUUCAUCCAAAUUAAAUGUUCAAGAAUGUGACUA